UUAGCCCUCAGUCCGGACUGACAGGUGCAGCUUUCACCUGUAAUCUGCUUCUUUGUUCUGGGAGGUGGAGGCUGCGAUGUGUGGGUGUGUUGGGUGGAGAGGUGGAGUCUUUAAGUCCCCCAGACAGGCGCACUAGACAGAUUAGUCUCCAACCGCUAACCGGGACGGAAACCAGCCCCAGACAGAGGACCGAGCGCCGCACCUGUCCCCGAGCCAGCCUGGAGGUCUGGAAGGUGGUGCCGGCGCAGUCUGGAUUCGGGUCCGAUGGAGGCAGCCGUGCUGGGCCACGCUGUCAUGACGGAUGUGGACUGCAACAGCAACAGCCUGAACGCCGAGCUGGAGGUGAAGAAGCUGCAGGAGCUGGUGCGGAAGCUGGAGCGGCAGAACGAGCAGCUGCGGAGCCGGGCUGGAGGCUGCAUCUCCGGGGGCUACCCGCACCUCCCCGGCCCGCUGCCCACCCUGCUCUGCCAGGCGUCCUUAGGCUCCUUUUCCCCUCCGGAAGAACCGUUUGAGUAUUUCCACCCACACGCGGGGAGAGAGGAUGAGGAGGAUGAGGCAUCGGAACCGUCGGUUCUGGAUGACUUGGAGCUUCUGGAUCUGGAAUCUCUGAGCUGCUCAGAGGAAUCGGAUGAAACCUGGUUAUACUCAGCAUCCAAAGCAGGAGAGAGCUCAGCCGAGUCGCUCAGCCCGCUGCAGUGGUGCCGGCAGAAUCUGGACAGCCCCAAGUCGGACGUGGAGGCCGCCAGGAGGUCGUUGUCACUGCGACUAGAACAAGUCUCCAGGUGGCGUAGCUCCGUGUCCACCCCCACCACCUCCCCCGGCCCCCCUCCGACCCGAGCCACAGCCAUGUCUUCCCCCUUGGCCAAACCUUGCUGCACCCCGCCGCCAACAGAAAGACACGCAGCUCCAUUGCUCUCCUCCCCUCUGCACCCUGUCCUCCAUCGCUCUCUGAGCCCCAUAGGGAAGGAGCUGUCCCCUGUAGCCGAGAGGACUCCCACUUUCUUCCCUCACCCCGCCAGCCGAAGCCGCAGCCUCCGCCGCUCCACCCUCAGCCCACAAUCCUCUGUGGACAGUGACCUGGGCACGUCUGAGGCGGAGGACGACUCCAUCAACCUCGGAUACAAACUUCAAGACCUGACGGACGUGCAGGUCAUGGCCCGGCUGCAGGAGGAAAGUCUAAGGCAGGACUACGCCAGCACAUCGUCUGUCCUGGCCAACCGCCGCAGCCAGAGCUUCACCUUCCAGCUCAGCCAGCUCAGCGCCGGCCCCGGCCUGGAGGAGGAAGACGAGGAGGACGACGAAGACUACGGCCUCCUGCCGCCGCCGCAGCCGCGCCUCACCCGCCUGUCGCACUCCCACACCUUCUCCAGCGUCCGCGACUGGCGAAGAAGCACCAGCUCCCUGGGCACCCCUCCUUCCACGCCCUCCACGCCGCCGUACCUUUCCGCUGGCUUCGCCUUCCAAGCUCAGCCGCCAACGCAGCUGCUGGGACUGGGCAGCCUGUGUGGCGGCGAGCAGCAGGGCUUCAGCCCAGGAUCAGAUAAGCUCCGGCGGAGCAUGCCUAACCUCGUCAGAGCUCCCAGCAUGCCUAGUGUACCCGUUCCCACUGCUUCUUCUGCUUCUUUGCUUCGUAACAGCCAGAGUUUUGAUUCUUCCAGCGGUUUGACUCGCCUGCAGUCCUCCAUCCCCUCUCCAGGCCAGCUUCAGAACCGGGUCCAAAGCCUAGGGAACUUCUCCUCAUUGUCACGGCAGCCACUGAAGGCCACCGCCUAUGUCAGCCCCACUAUUAAAGGCUCGACCUCAACCAGCCUCACGUCCCUGAGCAGCAGCGGGAAUAACAGAGGGAUCCCCCUGCUCAGUAAACCUGCAGCAGGAGGCUCCGCCCCCACCGUGACCAUGCCCCGCAGCAGCCUGCCACGCCCGGCCUCCUUCGUGGGCCCCACAAGCUCCAGCCCCCGUAGCAAGUUGGCUGUAUCAUCGCGAAGUUUACUGACACCUCCAAAGAGCUUGUCCACCUUCAGUGCCCUUCGCGACAGCACCUGGAGAGAUGGCUGCUACUGAUGUUCAGACGUGCAUUAAAACCCUGCUGGCUGGGGCGACAUGGAUGCACCUCAACGUCUAGUUCCCCUUCCAAGAGUUCUGGAGUUGAGACCAAAAAGGGGCCCAGAUGACAUCAAAUCUGAGAUCCUGCAUAGAAUAGUCAGAUGCUGUCUUCACAUGAAUAGUCUCCCAGAUUCUAUGCAGAAUUUCUCUGGAGAAGGCGGGUAAGUUUUCUGGAUUUGUGUGAAACGUCUGACUGCGAGUUUGGUUGAUCCGUGCCAAAAGUGAGACGUUCCCUGUGGCUGCUUGUGCAAUAAACCGUAGGCUGUUGGUUACCGUUAAUACUAACCAGCGAAGAGGGCUGCCGGUUUUUACUAAAUAAAGCUCUUAUACUGUUUUUAUCCAAAUAUUUAUUUUAAAUAAACAGGUUUGACUAAUCUGGUGCAGUUGCCUUGGCAACAGAUGCCAGAAUUGCUGCUAAAGUGUAAUAAAUCCCUGUUGGUUUGGGCACAUCUGGUCUAAUUUUUAGAGUAAUAUUAUGUAUUUGUGUUCACAUUUAACUGUGUUUAUAUUGUUGAUUUAAUUGAUGCAAUAUUAAAACUGUAAUUUGACCAAAAUGGAUAUACUGGAAUGUGAUUGCAGAACUGUCUCACCGUGAUGUCACCAAACUUUGUGCAUACUAACACUUAAAGAAUCUGAUCUUGUUGCACUUUGAAGAAAUCCCACCACUGUUUUUGUUUACUGAUGUUUGCACUCUGAGACUCGGUCUGGUAGAUUUACAUU